AUUACAAUUUAUUAAAUUAAAUAUGUCAGACAGUAAUAAUAUAGAAAAAUAUGAUGAUGUGCUAACAUCAAUUUUGGUCAAUGAAAAAUCUAUAUUGGGAUUUCUAUCUUCUAUUUUCAAUUUUUUAGCUCGAAGAACUGAUUUCUAUUAUGUUCCUGAAAAUAAAUAUGAAAAUAUGGGAUUUCCGCCGGGAGUUGCUGAGGAAUUAGUAAUUAAAGUUUUGCGAUCUUGCGAUCCGAAGAAUUAUAAAUCCAGUAGCAAACCAACAUCGGAGAUAAACAAUGAAAUUAUGUGUAAUACAGUGGCUGAGGAGAUAGAAGUAAUUGCUGAAGAGGAUUCCACAACCGAAGAUGAUGAAAAUACUAAAGAAAUAGCUCAUAGUAGUGGUGAUUCCUCACAAGAUAUAACUACAAAUGAAAAAAAUGAUCAAUUAAAAGAUAAGAGUAAAUUCCCCGAAGAUUAUAAGCCACCAGUGAUACCGGUUCAAAAAAACAGUGAAUCUUAUAAUGGAGCUGUGAGGGAAAAGUACACAUGGGCUCAGACUAUAACAGAAUUAGAUAUAACUAUAAAACUUCCACCAAAUACAAAAUCAAAAGAUUUAAAAGUGGUCAUAAAUAAUGGUAACAUUUGUAUACAAUGUCGGAAUGGAGAGGUCAUUAUAAAGGAUAAUCUGCCUUAUAAGAUCAAAGCAAAUGAUAGUGUUUGGAGCAUAAGUGAAGGAAAAUUAUUAAUUCAUUUAGAAAAAGUACAAGAGCGUUGGUGGGAUAGAUUAUUGAGUGGAGAAGAACCGAUUGAUUUAAAUAAGAUUGACGCUUCAAGGCCACUCGAUGAACUACCCGAAGAUCACAUUGCAAAGGUUCGUGAAUUGCAAUGGAACCAAGAGCAGAAGCUAAAAGGCUUACCAACUAGUGAUGAAAUCCGUAAUAUGGAAAUAUUAAAAAAAGCUUGGAAUGCUGAAGGAUCACCUUUUAAGGGGCAAGAAUUUGAUCCUAGUGUACUACAAAUACAAUAAAAUGUAUAAUUUUUUUGUGAGAUUUUUUUUGAAA